AUGUCACACAGACGCAAGGCGGUGAUCUCAACGAAACGGGAUAGGGCUGACGAAGAUGACGUCAUUGAUGGGUCGGUACUGUCCCUGGCACAGGAUAAAUCGCAGAUUAUCAGAGUUUUCAUCAGCUCUACGUUCUCGGAUACGUGCUCAGAAAGAAACAUUCUAAUGGAAAAAGCCUACCCAAGACUGAAAGAUUACUGCAGACAAUAUGACCUGGAAUUUCAAGCAUACGACCUGCGUUGGGGAAUCAGGGAUGUGUCACACGACGAUCAUUCCAUCGUCGACUUCUGUCUAAGGGAGAUUGAGCAGUGCAAACAGUUAUCAGCUGGUCCUAGUAUUGUGGCAUUAAUAGGACAAAAGUAUGGUUACAGGCCCUACCCUUCAAGGAUAUGCGCCGAUGAGUUUGAAAUGCUGCUG